AUGACGCCCGUAUUCGACGCCGGCGUCGAGACGACGGACGCGAAUUGCCCGUUUUGCGCCAUUGCCGACACGUUUUCGCCGUAUGACCCCCUCGAGCCGCCGUCAGAUCACGAAAUGGACCCGACACGGACAUCUCCCGCCUCCUUUGUCGUCCUCUCCACCGAUACGCUCGUCGCCUUCCUUGACAUUAUGCCCUUAUCGAGGGGUCACCUUUUGCUGUGCCCGCGCGCGCAUCGACCCAAGCUGACCGACGCCUCUGAGAUUGAAGCUGCCGAGCUCGGAAGAUUCCUACGAACACUAUCCCGCGCACUGGCGAGAGUCACCGGCGUCGAGGACUGGAACGUUGUGCAGAACAACGGCGCCGCCGCCGCCCAGGUCGUCAUGCACAUGCACUACCACUUGAUUCCGCGGCCCGAGAUUCGCGCGAGUGGCCGUUUCAGCGAGAGCUUCACAAUGUUUGGCAGGGGAAGAAGGGAAGAGCUGGAUGAUGACGAGGCCGAGGCUCUCGCGAGAGACCUGCGUGAGGCGGUGGCUGAGGUGCUCAAAGAAGAGGCAGAUGACAGACGGAAAUCGAAGCUUUAA